UGGAAUAUUCUGAAUUUCUGAAUUAUUCUCGGUAGACAGGUAGCAUCUUUAUGGAUAUGAUAUGCGCGCCAUUUCGGCUCUUCUCCUCCGUCCCCUUCCUCCGCUGGAUUCCUCCAUGGCUUCCUCUUCCCUCCCUUCUAGAACCUUCUACCGCCACUCGCUUCCCUCCUCCGCACCUCCACCUCCUUCGAGAGGGGCCUGCGCCGCCGCAUGCUGCUGCCUCCGCGCGGCCGUCUCCCGGCGGCGGGCAGCCGCGCAGCUGCUCUCCGCCGCCGGAUUCUUGAUCGCCGUCUCGCCGCCUUCGCUAGCCGCGCGGAGGGGCCGCAUGGUCGUGUCGCUGGAGGACUACGUCACUUCACCUGAUGGCCUGAAGUACUAUGAUCUUGUUGAAGGGAAGGGUCCAACUGCUGAAAAGGGCUCAACUGUGCAGGUCCAUUUUGAUUGCAUAUACCGUGGCAUCACCGCUGUGUCAAGCCGCGAAGCCAAACUACUGGCAGGGAACCGGAGUAUUGCGCAGCCUUAUGAGUUCAGUGUCGGAUCGCUGCCCGGGAAAGAGCGAAAGCGGGAAUUUGUAGACAGUGCCAAUGGGUUAUACUCAGCACAGGCGUCACCGAAACCUCCUGCCGCAAUGUACACAAUAACUGAAGGGAUGAAAGUGGGGGGAAAGAGGAGAGUAAUUGUCCCUCCAGAGCUCGGAUAUGGGAAAAAGGGGAUGAAUGAGAUACCGCCUGAUGCUCCUUUUGAACUCGAUAUAGAGCUUUUGGAAGUUGUCCCUCCUGCAGAGAAAUGACCAUUUUUGUUUGCAAUGGAUGGGGAACUUUCAUGAGAUAUGUAACCAAAUAUGUUCAUAUGAUAUUUUGCCGGGACAUGACUUGUUUGCCCACUCACAAGGAGAAAAUAGAACAAGAAGCAAAGUCAAGUAGGUAAAAGACAUGUACUAAUUUUGUUAUUCCUUAUGCCGAAGCAAUAUUGGAUCAAAAAUAUUCUCCACAAUGUCGUGGAGCUUGAUUGAUUAUAUGGAAUGGUGAUAUGAUCUCUCUUUGUGAACUCUGCAUCCUUUCGCUCAAAGGUCCUCGGGGCCAUUGAUAUCCUGAAAUGAGAGAAUACAUUUUGUUUGAGAUAUAUGUUUAUAUUUCAAAUAAAAUAGUGUUUCAGUGGAUGAAUAGAAUGCUAAAAUUUAGCUCCUCA